CGCAUGCCCAGUGGCGCAGGCGGAGUUGGUGUGUGCGCGGGCGGCGCCUCGGCCUCCGAGAGCCCCGGGCCGCGCGGGGUCGCGCGGCCAUGGCGGCCUCCCUGUGGAUGGGGGACCUGGAACCCUACAUGGAUGAGAACUUUAUCUCCAGAGCUUUCGCCACCAUGGGAGAGACCGUUCUGAGCGUUAAAAUCAUCCGCAACAGGCUCACUGGGAUCCCUGCUGGCUACUGCUUUGUGGAAUGCGAUCUGGCCACAGCUGAGAAGUGUUUGCAUAAAAUAAAUGGAAAACCCCUCCCCGGAGCCACACCAGCAAAACGUUUUAAACUGAACUACGCCACUUAUGGGAAACAACCAGAUAAUAGCCCUGAGUACUCACUCUUUGUAAGGGACCUCAGCCCAGACGUGGAUGAUGGCAUGCUCUAUGAAUUCUUUGUUAAAGUCUACCCCUCGUGUCGAGGAGGCAAGGUGGUCCUGGACCAGGCAGGAGUCUCUAAGGGUUAUGGCUUCGUGAAAUUCACAGAUGAGCUGGAACAGAAGCGCGCCCUGACUGAGUGCCAAGGGGCAGUGGGGCUGGGUUCGAAGCCAGUGCGCCUGAGUGUGGCUAUCCCCAAGGCGAACAGAGUGAAGCCCAUGGAGUACAGCCAGAUGUACAGCUAUAGUCUCAACCAGUAUUAUCAGCAGUACCAGAACUACUACGCACAGUGGGGUUACGACCAGAACACUGGCAGCUACAGCUACAGCUACCCCCAGUAUGGCUACACCCAGAGUACCAUGCAGACAUACGAAGAAGUCGGUGAUGAUGCAUUGGAAGACCCAACGCCUCAGCUGGAUGUGAAUGAAGCCAACAAAGAGUUCAUGGAGCAGAGUGAGGAGCUUUACGAUGCUAUGAUGAACUGUCACUGGCAGCCUUUGGACACCGUCUCAUCAGAGAUCCCCCCUGUGAUGUAGCCCUGCUGGGCUCACAGCUCAGCACCUGGGCAAGGACUGUAUAGGAAGAGGAGGGCCAGGAGGAACAGUGGAAACUUUUAACCUUUUUGAAAUGUAAUUUAUAAAAUUUUAAUAAUAUUUGCUCAAAUAGCAAAUACACUCCAAUUGACAUUGAAGGACAGAAAUGAGAGGUCUUUCAGUCUUCCUGUAGGAAUGGGGAGAGUCAGAAGAGUCAAAGCAAAGCCUUAAAAUGGCUGCUCCUGGGUUUUCUGGGGGGGGGGAAAGGAUAGUAAGAAAUAGGUCAACAAUUUUAACUGUGACUAGAGUCAGGUGUUUCAUUUGUUCAGGGAGCGUUUUCCCCCGUUCAGGAGGGGCUCCCCAGCAGGCUCCAGGGAGCCCUGCAACGUUGUUGUGUACCUCUUUCUAAUGAGCUUGGAUUCUAGUUGCCCAUUAAAGUAUUUGGGUAAUGACAGGCCUA